CAAAAAGCAAAUAUCCUCAACACCCCGCGUCCUGCAGGACGUCCCAGCGCCCCGGGAAACACACCGAGUAAUUCCUGAUGCCUCUGCCAGGUUUCAGCCAGCGGCGGCGGGAACUAGGAGCGCUCCCUGACCUCACCGGGCAGCGCGGGCCGAGCGCACCGGCCGCCUCGGGCGCCCGGGCGGGGCGCGCCCCAGGUCCCAGGCCGGCGCGAGGAGCCAGGCCUCGGCUCCGGGGCCCCAGGACCCUUGUCUUCGUCGUCUUCGGUGUCCUGCUGCCGGUCCCAGCUGCCUCCGCCAUGGUAACCCAGCAAGACAAGUGUCCACCAGGAUCCCGCGUAUCAGAAGACAAUAAAAAUUGUACAUUGUGUACAAAUGGAGUAGAUUUUACCAGUCACCGGAAUUCGGUCUCUUCCUGCUUACCAUGCUCUACAUGUAAAUCAGAUGAAGAACAGAUCGCCCCCUGCACCAGGACUGAGAACACACGGUGCCAGUGCAAACGUGGCACUUUCCACGGAGAAGAUUCUCCCGAGGUCUGCCAGAAGUGCAGCACCAGGUGCCCUGAUGGGAUGGUUGAGGCCAGUCCCUGUACCGCCUGGAGUGACCUCAAGUGUGUCCACCAAGAAUCAGGCAAUCCGUGGCUGGUGAUGGGGAUUGUAGUCGGGGCAGUGGGUGUUGUCCUGCUGCUGGUGGUCACUGCAUAUUAUUACAGGAAGCAAGUCCUUCAAGGUUGUGGAGUGGACGCCAAGUGCAUGAACAGAGUCUUUUUCUGGCGCUCAUGUCCCCCAAGAGGGCCUGGGGCUCUGGACAAUGCCUAUAACGAGAUCCUGAACAACAGAGGAUCGCCGUCCACCUUGGCCUCAGAGCAGGAACUAGAAGGCCAGGAGCUGAAAGGUGUCAGUACACAGUCCCCAGGGGAAGCAGAGCGUCUGCUGGGACCUGCAGGAGCUGAAGGCUCUCAGAUGAGAAGGAGGCUGCUGGUUCCAGCAAACGGCGCAGACCCCACGGAAAGCCUGAGGCUGUUCUUCAACUACUUUCCACGCAUUGUGUCCAUUAAUUCCUGGAACAUGUUAAUGCGGCAGAUGGGUCUCACGGACAACGAGAUCCACGUGUCCAGAGCUCGAGCCUUAGACCCGGGGGAUGCCUUGUAUGAAAUGCUGGUGACCUGGCUCGACAAAACUGGGCGGGGUGCCUCAGUCAACACCCUGCUGGAUGCCUUGGAAACGCUGGGGGAAAGAUAUGCGAAGGAGACAAUUCAAGAUCACCUGGUGGGCUCUGGAAAGUUCGUCUAUGAGGAAGGUGGGGCAGGCUCCGCUGUGUCCUGAGUGUUUUAGGACCUCAUCCUUUGCACUUCUUUAUCCUAAUAGACUUGCACUUUUUACUUGAAUUUGUUUUACUGUAAGACAUGUCAUGUUGGUAUGUGUGCGUUUAAUUAUGUGUAACUAUUGCUUAACACUAUAUGAUGUACAUUUUUCUACAUUUAUAUUUUUCUAUAUUUAUAUGAACAUGGAAAAGAUUUUGGAAAUGUACUCACUUGGUUGUUUACAUGGGUUGCCUGGAUGAGAGCUGGCAAUCAAAAACAAGUAGAAAUAAAAAAGGAGAAGGAGGAAAAAUCCCUACCUCUGUGGGGCUCUGGUGGAUUCCAGUUCUCCCUCAUAUGUACUUUGAGCUUGUCCAGGAUUGGAAGACCGGCAACUUCUAAAGUGCCCCUUUUCAACGCAUAGUUUCAUAGGUGUGUGAAUGUUUAUAGUAUUUAUAGGCAGAUGUUGAUGAGUGAGGAGAAGUGGUAUCACAUGCAGCCCCGUGUCUGGGUGUCUCUGAACUGGGCAGUCAUGUGUGGGCCUCCUGCUCCUCAUCUAUGGGUGUGGGUGGGGUUAGAUCUGAGGUGGCAAAUAGGUUCUGUGUCAUCUGCCAUUUCAGGUCAUG